AUGGCUGCAGCACACCAGAUUGGACUUUCAAAUAUAAAAUAUCUAGUUUUUGAUGAAGCUGAUCGUAUGCUGGAUAUGGGAUUUAAGCCAGAUAUUGAGAAGUUAACUUCUUAUAAGGAGAUGCCAUCAAAAGAAAAUCGCCAGACCUUAAUGUUCAGUGCUACCUACCCAGAAGCAAUCCAGAGGUUGGCUGGACAGUUUCUAAAACCAGAUUAUUUAUUUCUCACGGUUGGUCAAGUUGGCGGAGCUUGUAGUGAUGUAGAACAAACCAUUCUUGAGGUUGGACAGUUUGAAAAGAAAGACAAGCUGCUUGAAAUUCUACAAACCAUAGGUAAUGAACGCACUUUGGUGUUUGUAAAGACAAAAAAGAAAGCAGAUUAUAUUGCUCUUAUUCUUUGUCAGGAACAGCUUCCUUCAACCAGCAUUCAUGGUGACCGACCUCAACAGGAGAGAGAAACAGCACUCUGGAAAUUUCGUUCUGGCGAGUGUCCUAUACUUGUAGCUACUUCAGUAGCGGCAAGAGGCUUGGAUAUUGAAAAUGUUCAACAUGUAAUUAAUCUUGAUCUGCCUAAAGAAAUUGAUGAGUAUGUCCACAGAAUUGGACGCACUGGUCGUUGUGGCAACAUUGGAAAAGCAAUUUCAUUUUUUGAUAGAAAAGAUGAUGAAGAUAUUGGUAUUGCCCGUUCACUCGUGAAAGUGUUAAGUGACGUGAGUAUGAUAAUUUACGAUUAUAGUUCUAGUGCUAACAAGAAUACAGGUUUAAUGAAGGAGUCCCAAUCUUUCAAUGAAAAGGGUAUUUAUUGA